AUGAACCCAAAUACCAAAGCCUAAACUCGAUAAAAGCAGCCUAAUUGUGAAAUAUGCAUGUAUAGUUUUUUAUUAUCGGUGUAGUAGCAUUAAUGCAAGAGGUGUUUGCGAGCUAUUUGCUCUGAAUGUGGAAAAUAUAAGGGAUUAGUCGUAAAUUUUGAUCUCAAAUAAGAACAUAGAGUUUGCCUAGUUUGCAAAGAUGAGUAAGAAUACUUAGAAAAGCUGAUAAACGAAAAGAAAUUACAGUACAAUAAUAAUUCUCUAAAUACUAAAGAAUGGCUGCAAUAUAGUUGUAUUGAUAAAGCUAAAGAAAAAAUAAUUAACGAUUAUUAUUAUAUAAAACUAGAAGAAAGCAAAAAUAAUUUAUCACAACUAGAUUAUGAGAAUCUUAAGUUAAUAAAACCCUAUGUAAUUCAAAUACGCUCUUAAUUUAAAUAUUCCAUUAUAGAAUUAGACUAUUAUUUGACUAAAUAUUUGAUCAAAGAUUUGAUCAAAGAAAAGACUUAAGCAGAGAUUAAAGAGUCUUUGGAUAAUACUAUAACCGAUUUGGUCUUUUAAGUGUUGCAAUGCUUUAUAUAUGAUAACCCCUCUAUUAAAUGUACUUAUAAUUUGGUUUAGUUAACCUAGUUUUUAUUGUAUUUCCAUUCCCAACCCUUAGUUCUCUAUUUUAUCAAUAUAUUAAGAAAAGAAGGAUGUCUAAAAAGAUUAUUAGAAAAUGCUGAACAACUCUAAAGUUCAGAAAUUGAUAUUUUGUAAGAGAUUGGAAAAACAAAUCAUUAAAUUUAGCAAACCGAUUUAUUCUUUUUCAGAAAAUAUUUAGAAAAAUAUGCCAACAGCAUGUUAUCUAGUUUAUUUAUCGAUUAUCUCAAUGUUCCAUGCAUAAUUUAUAUUUUUGAUCGCAUUUUUAAAUAUAAGAAUUAUUCUGAAUUAGAAGAUAUUACUGCUUUGUUGGAUAUCAAGUUGAAAGGAUAGGAUGAUGAAUUUAUUACCAAUUAAAUUCGAAGAAAUACAAAAAGAUUAGAUCUCAAAAAGUAUCUAAAUAAAGAUGAUAAUGUUGAAUAAAGUUAAAAAAGAAACACAUAUACUACAUAUGAAGAUUUUUUUUAAAGAAAUAGAUAAUCGAUUGAACCUUAAAAUUAAAUAGGAUAGAUUUUGUAAUUAAUAGAUAGUUAUGUUUUAAAAUAACAACCCUUGACUAAUUGUCAUCAAGAAUUGAUAAAAUCACUAAAUCCAGAAUAAGUGCAAAUUAUUGAGGAUCUCAUCAAAUUACAAGGAUAAAAAGCCCAAAUUGAGUCUGAGAAUAUACCUCGUUCAAACUCUAUUAAUUAAAGUAAGUUUUAAAGAAAAAGACCCGUUUAACCAUAUGAGUUGAAUAUGUGA